AUGUCUGCCGAAACCAGUGACGCAACUAAGGCCCAGCAGGCAUGGAAGCCUCCCCCUGCAGGCUCUCCAUGUUGGGUGGAGAUCCCUGCACGGGAUACCGAAAAACUAAAGGCAUUUUACGGUGCCAUUUUUCCGUCCUGGGAAUGGAGGCCAGCUCAGGCCGCUGAAGAGCAGAGCAGAGUGCAGCACUAUAGUUUCGCUGAACCGAAGGGAUUAUCGGGAGGCAUCGUCCAGGUGCCGGAGGGUUGCGCUCCAACAGAGCAGAGCAUGGGCAGUGGGAUGACCGUGUACUACUCAGUCGACUCCCUUGACGUGGUGGAGAAGAAAAUUCACGAACGCGGUGGUAGCACCUGUCUAGCCAAGACGACUGAGAGUUCUCAUGGGUGGUUUAUGAACUUCCGUGACCCUGAAGGGAACCGGUUUGGUUGCUACGAGUUUCGUCGUAGCUAG